AUGUCUGAAUCAACCCCAAAGUUCGAAGGAUGGAUGGGCCUCGACAGAGAAUCGGCUCGGGGCCAAAUGGUUUGGCAAUCUUUUAAGCCAAAAACAUGGGAAGAAUCAGACGUAGAUAUUCGCAUCAGUCACUGUAGUGUCUGUGCUUCUGAUAAUUGUGUCUUACGAAGCGGCUGGCGUCCAACUCCAUACCCUUGUUGCGUCGGCCACGAAAUUGUUAGCAUUGUUGUUGGAGUCGGAUCGCAAGUGAAAGGACUUGAAAUCGGCGACCGCGUGGGUGUCGGCCCCCAGAGUGACUCAUGCCGCGGUCGUGUGGACGGCCAUUGUGUGCAAUGCAGUACCGGAAAUGAGAAGUACUGUACCAAGUUGUGGACAGGUACAUAUGCAGGUCGUUAUCUAGACGGGAGCAUGUCCUAUGGCGGAUAUGCGCUCCACAAUCGGGUGCCUUCCCACUUUGCAGUCAAAAUCCCAGAAGCGCUCUGGGCCAUUCCCAUCCGAAUUUUAGUAACCCAUGAUAUCAAUGCAAGGCUGUUCCUCAUCAUAAUCAUCUGCAGCCAAAAUCAAUCGAUCGCGCACUCUAGGAUGAGGGAAGAAGUCCAACCAAGGGUGAUGUGGCACAGCACGCUGUAUGGCAGUUGGCUGCAGGUAGUUUGGGGUGGCUCGAUCGGAAACCUUUGGCUGAAAUGUGCAAAAUGGAGACACUACAUCAGCGUGCAUCCAUCCUUUGACAUCCAUACCAAGCGCAUUCAUGUCCUCAGCGAAUGCACGGUAUACAUUAACUUUGACCAUUUAAUGAUCAUUGAGUGUGCCCCAUGUUCUGGUCAAGCCAAUAACAAAGGCUUAGAAUAAGCUUGUUGGUUAACACAAUUCUGCAAUCCUACGCCUCUCGGCCCUUAUGUCCCGGUGCAGUAGCUCAUGCACACCACUGCCUUCUCUUGUUGUUUGUACAUGAGCUUGUUGGGCACCAUUUGCUGACAUAGUGUAGUGGCGGUGGGUCAGAUAUCGGUGAAUCUAGCUAGGAAGUGGG